AUGGCCGACAACAUCAUUACUCAAGUUUCCCAGGACGGCAACGCGUCGAUGCCAAUGGUGGACGACACAAAUGGCAACAUCGACUAUAAUUCAAAAAUUCAUCUCAACAUCCGGGGCAAGGAGUUCGAAAUUACUCGCGACGAGCUCAUGAGCUUACCCGAGAGCAUUUUGUUGAGUCUUUUCCCCAACGGCGUGUUUUUGGACAUGAAUGGGCAAGUCAUCACCAACCUCACGGAGGAAGACGUGGUGUAUGUGAAUUUUGACCCAGACUGCUUUGAAUAUAUUUUCAGGGUAUUUGGGGAAGCUCAAGCGAGUUAUAACGAGUUGCUGGGCACGUUAUCGCCGCAAGUCUCCAAUACCAGUCGGCUUGACUCGGCAGCAUCUAUUUUGCAGACAAAGCCAGCCAUUAUCGUGCUAAGAGAGGACCUAGAUUACUAUGUGAUACCCCCCGUGAAGGGCCUCUCGACAGAGGAUUACAUCCAUCUCAAGGUUAAUGUAGGCGACCACAUUUUGUCGAACAACUCGGUGUUUUCAGGGCUAGGCUACAAUCCGGCGUUGCCCGCCAGUGUCAACCAGACGCUCGGCCCAGCAGAACAACAUUUAUUUGAAAUGUUGUGCUCGUCAGGAUUUGACCGUGCCGAACUAUGGGGCAGUCGUCUGAUGGAGCCUAACAAAUGUGUGCUCUCGUCGUUACUGUUGGUGCGUCUCCAAACACAACAACCAACACCACCGCAGCUGCCAGUGUUGCAGCCUGUCCAGUCCAAUGCAUCCACACGAUCAAGAUCACGAUCCAGAAUCGCCACGUUGGCGUCGAGCGCCAGCCGAGCAGCGUCGCGGUCGUUAUCGCGAGCCAGAAAGGGAAACGACACAAACUACACGAAGCUCUUGUUGUUCUGGAGGAAACCAGCACGGAAGUGCUGGUGGUCACAGAGUGAGGUGGAGGUGCCCACCAAUGGGAGCGAGGCACUCAUGAAGCUCGGGCCAAAGGUCACGGUGAAAGUUCACACGCGAAGGGUGUGGACGUUGGAGCUCUCCGUCGUAGGUGUCCAGUAG